GUCAGCAUGGUGUCGUCCACUCUGGAUUUGGCGCUAGAGCGGCUUUAGUGUACGAGUGGCGGCGGACCUGUUAGCCUCUGGAUAUUUGGUCUAUCUCCUCUCCUUUCAACUCACCGUGGUCACCUAUUCAUGGACAAUCAUGUCUGACGAAGAGUCAAAGGUCCCUGAAGAACUUUUUAAAGAUGUCAAAUUCUACGUGGUCGGGGACAUUGAUGAGACGGUAGUUAAGCUGCUUAAAGCUGGGAAAGGCAAGGAGGUGUCUUACAAUGCCUUGGCCACGCAUAUUAUUGCAGAGGAUGGGGACAACCCAGAGGUUGGCGAGUCACGAGAAGUCUUUGAUCUGCCUGUGGUAAAGCCCUCCUGGGUGAUCCUAUCGGUUCGCUGUGGAGAUCUUCUGCCAGUUACUGGAUUUUCCCCAGAGUCCGGACAGAUAUUUUUUGGAGUAACAGCUUGUCUUCCAAAACUGCCUGAUGAUCUCAACGCUCUUUGGGCUUAUGUUACAUUCUACGGAGGAGACUGCCAGCUGAAUCUAAACAAGAACAUCACACACCUUGUGGUCAAAGAACCGAAAGGGCCCAAAUUUGAGUGUGCUCUGAAGCAUCCUUACAUUAAGAUUGUUACCCCAGACUGGAUCAUCGAUUCUGUUAAAGGCAACACCAGAAAGGAUGAAUUAUUCUAUCACCCCCGCCUCACCUAUAUGGAGCUUGAGGAUGAAGGGGAGAGUGAUGAGUCAUACGACCAGCGGUCCCGUUCUGAUGGAAGCAACAGCCCGCGGCCCUCACGCCCUUCCAGCACUGCCUCGUCCUGUGCUGAUUCUCCCGACAGCCCCCGCCGACGUCCAGGCCCCAAAAAGCUUUCCUCCAUCACUUUCGCUUCAUCACGUAAGCCGGAGCGCGGGAGUGAGCGCAUGUUCGACGACUCAGACGACGACUCCCCCGCGGAAAAGGAGGGGCGCAACCUCAACUGGACACAAGUGGUCGCUCCUUCGGCGAUCGCGGCCACCAACGCAACCAGAAGACGCGGAGCGCCAGCUGGGAACAAAGACCCGCCCCCCCCCUCAGGCCAAGGGCUCGUCAGCCUGGGAACCACUGCUCCUUCUGUGCCUGAGAACGCCGCUGCAGUGGAUGGAUCUUCUGCCGCUGCUCCACUCAGUCAAUCUACACAGCAAGGGGUAGUUUCAGGUUCAGAGGCGGUCCCAGAAUGGAGUCCGGCAGCAAGAACUCUACGGAAUAUCACCAACAACUCUGAUAUGCAGCAAGCCAGCCGACCCACGACAGCCCCCCAUAAUCUGACUGGUGCUCAGGCAAAGCCAUCAGACCAGCAAACCAAUCGGAGCCAGGGUUCCACCCCCAACAGCAACAAUUCUCUACUUUUCCACCAAUCAAAGGUGCCUAGUGCUCCUCUGACAGCUGAGCUGCAACAACAGUUGUUACAGCAGCAGCAAUCACAUCAUGUCGCGCCGCAACAGCACCAUCAACAGUUGCCACAGCAACAGCAGAAUCCUAUGUUACACCUGAAGCAGCAACACCAGAUGAUGCAGCUUCCACAUCAUCAACCGCACCAGCCUCAACUUCCACAGGUUGUGCAGCAAGGGUUUUCACAAUUGCCCCAACAGCAACAACCGUUUCUGCAACAGUCACAGCAGAUCCAUCAACAACAGUUAUUUACUCAACAGCAGCAGCAGCAGCAGCAACAGCAGCAGCAGCAGCAGCAGCAGCAACAACAACAACAACAACAACAACAACAACAACAGCAGCAGCAUGCCUUCUCCCAGCAGCACCUGCGUCCUCAGCAGUUGAUGCGGCCUGGACUUCAGCAGCUGCAGCAGCAACAAGCGCUGCAGCAACAACUUCAGCAAUUUCAGCAGCAGCAACGUAUGCAGAUGCUACAGCAGCAGCAGCAGCAGCAGCAGCAGAACCAACAGCAGAAACAGUUACACCAGCAACAACUGCAGCAGCAGCAGCAUCACUUCCUACAGCAACAGCAAAUGCAGCAGCAGCAGCAUCACAUACAGCAAAUUCAACAGCAUCAACAUCUGCAGAAUCAACAAGCUCUGCAGCACCAGAACCAACAGCACCACCAGCCGCAGCAGCAACAUUCACAACAACAGCCACUCCAAACAUCGUUGCCGCCUCAGCAGCAGCCACCGCAGAUAUCCCAGUUGUUUGGACAUGAGCCAGGCCAAGAGAUUCCAGAGGAUGGCUUCCUUCUAGGUUGUGUGUUUGCGAUUGCCGACUAUCCUGAACAGAUGGCUGACAAACAGCUUCUUGCAACAUGGAAGAGGGUUAUCCAGGCUUGUGGGGGGACCGUUGACUCUUCUCUUAAUAGUCGUAGCACACAUCUGCUCUGUGAAAGCCAAGUGAGCAGCAUGUAUGUCCAGGCACUAAGAGAGGGGAAGCGCUGUGUGACAGCCCACUGGCUCAACACCAUUCUGAAGAAGAAGAGGAUGGUUCCCCCUCACAGAACAUUGCACCUUCCAUUUGCCUUUCCUCCAGGAGCUAAACCCUGCUCUCAACAUAUUAUAUCGUUGACGGGCUUCGUGGAUACAGACAGAGACGACCUAAAGCUAAUGGCGUACCUGGCUGGAGCCCGAUACACUGGUUACCUUUGCCGCAGCAACACGGUCCUCGUCUGCAAAGACCCCAGUGGACUGAAGUAUGAGAAGGCCAAGGAGUGGAAGAUACCCUGUGUCAACGCUCAGUGGCUUUGUGACAUCCUGCUGGGGAACUUUGAUGCUCUAAGGCAGAUCCAGCACAGUCGCUACUCUAACUAUAACCACUCUGAACCGCUGGUGCCUAACCAACUGCUUGUGCAUAAUCUACUAGGUGCCUGGCGGACUCCAGUCAAAGUCUCUGUAGAAGCACUGGCGAGCCUCAAGCUGCUUCAAAAACAGAGGUUGACUGACUCCCAGCCACCAAGCAAAAAAGCAAGGCUUGAGGAGAUCCAAUCACCCAAUCAGAAGCUCACCCCCGAGUCUACACCUCAUGUCACUUUCACAGGGUUUGAGCCCAUUCAGGUGCAACAGUACAUUAAGAGAGUACAUGCCUUAGGGGGUGAGCUCUCCGACAGUGUCCAGAAACCCACCCACCUGGUAGCUGGCCGGGUGACGCGCACCAUCAAGUUCCUAGCAUCCAUGUCUGUUGUCAAGCACAUUGUUACACCAGAAUGGCUGGAAGAAAGCUGGAGGAGUCAGAAGUUUGUAGACGAGCAGAGCUACAUACUAAGGGAUGCGGAGGCCGAAGUGCUGUUUGACUUCAGUUUAGACGAUUCCCUGAAGAGAGCCCACAGUACACCACUUUUUAAGGGGAAGUACUUCUACAUCACCCCAGGGAUCUGCCCAAGCCUCGGCACCUUGAAGGCCAUCUUGGAAAGCGCUGGUGGAAAGCUACUGCCUAAGCAGCCUUCCUAUCGCAAGAUCAUGGAACACAAGCAGAACAAGAACCUUCCAGAGAUUCUUCUUAUUUCCUGUGAAAAUGACCUUCACCUUUGUAGAGACUUCUUCUUGAAGAACAUUGAUGUACACAACGCGGAGUUCAUCUUAACUGGAGUUCUCACCCAGAAGUUGGAUUAUGUCUCAUAUAAGUUCACCUGAUGGCAGAAGACGGAUGCAAACAGAAGGAGAAAAUGUGUGAAGACAUAUUGCACUCCUGAUCUUCUUUCCUCUGAUGUAGAACUUUAAUUUGUAAUGUACAAUAUGUCAACAAUUCCAGAUUUAGAUUCCAUUUUUGUACUGACGAAUGUGUCAAUGGCUAAGAAGUCAUUUUUGUAGAUUUUGAGUAAAGAUUGAACGGAUGUUAUUUUUGUGAAAUUGUCUAAAUUAUGUACAUUUUAAACAAUUUGAAAUACGAAAUGAUUCAAAGCUUUAGUAAACACAUGCUGCUUUUGAAAAUAAAAACACUGUUAUGAAAAGACUUUGCGUACACCUUAGUAUUUUCCUCCCAAUUGUGUGUAUAAAUUUGCUUUUCUGACGUGUCAGAAAAUGUCACAUUUUGGAUAAAAUAUAGGUAUAUUUUCUUCGAGCCAACAUUACAAGUUGCACAAUGUAGGUCAAUUAAAAAAAUAUAUUCAUAUGUUGCUUAAACAAUUUAUUAAAAACAAACAUGUUCAUUCUGAACUAUAAACAAUAAAUCGUUUUUUUACAUUGAUAAAGAGGGAAAAAAAACUCAUGCUGGCAUAAUUGUACAAGUUGUAAAAUUUUGAUGAUUGCUACGAAAGAGGGUAACGCCUCGUUUCCCCAUACGUAUGUUUUUCGUAUCCGUGCUUCCGUAAAUUUACGGAAGGAGACGCUAGUGUUUUACGUACGGACAUGAAUUUAUUUACGGACAAAAGAUGGGGGAGUGUAUGAUAACGGCCGUUUUUAGGAGACCGGUACUUUGGAACAUGAGGAUCGACAUAUACAGAGAAAAAAACAAAACCAACCAGGCUUGGAAAGAGAUCGGCGAGGAGUUUGGCCUGCCAGGUACUUGCAUCUUUUGUGAAAAACAUAAAAACUUUCAUACGGUAUCUCCGUAAAAUGACGGCGAAAUUUUUUGAACGUAUAUAAUGGACAUAACGGACAGAAAUUUUACGGAGGCGAGGAGUCUCGGAGGAAAAACUGACAUUACGGAGAAUCACAUAGGAAUGAAUGGACUUUCGGUCGGAGACGGUUGGAUCGCAUACGAGAAUGUACGUAUGUGGAAACGAGGCGUAAAGGCCAAAGUAUACUACGGAUCCGUAAUCCGAUUCCGUAACUACGGAGACCCCUCGAGCAUUCGCAUUCGCAGUGAUGGUUAAGCUUCUCAUUAUAACCCCAUGGUGUGUGGCACAUUUUAUUUUCGUCGAUAAUUAUAACGCUAAUACACGUCGGUACGAACGACGAAGAAACGCAAAGUUGCCGUGGGUUGAAACACUAUCCUCAAACUUUCAGUCUAAAAAGCAUGUUUUUAAAUCUCAGCGGUUAAAUUCCAGCUGAAAUAGUGUUGUUUUUAGAUAAUCGUGAAAAAUGUAACCCGCCAGUACGUUUUUGUAAGUGUUAAUGCAUCAAUAAAGUAUAAGGAAGACGAAAAACAUUUUCAAAAGACUGCUGAAAUGAUUGUUGUUCUAAUGGUUAGAACAACAAUGGCCUGGUAUACACGGAAAAGCCCUGCUAAUUAUGCGAAUUGCCAAAAAACCUAACAUGUAGUUUUCAAUUUUUUAAUAUGUUGAAAUCAUACCCUGAUACCCUGCACUGGGCAGUCUUCAUCCCUACCAAACAUUUGAUGAAGCGACGCAGGACCUUCUCUUCACGCCUCGUUCACAUGCAUCCGUUGACGGAUUGGGCUUUUUGACCUAUCAAUGUGUUUUCCCGGGUUGUAUUACAAAGGCGUUUUUCAUUGGACAGUGUACUUGCGUAUAUUUGUAUAACGCAAUCUGAUUGGCCGACGGAUCCGUUGCUGCCGGAAAAGUUGAACAUUUCUCAACUUUUUGACGCAGGCCAUGUAGCCGACCGAAUGGACGGACCCACAAUGCAUUUCGAGAGCAUCCCAUGCAAAAUCAAUGAGAUCCGUGGAUGGACGCAUGUAGUGUGAAUGCACCCGGAAAGUAUUACAGCAACGUACAAGGCAGGAGAACGAUUGUUCAACAUUGUCUCUGCUGCCAAAGAAAUGUUUCAUUUCGAAAGGGAAGGCCAUUGAGGGCAAAAAUCAGUGGUUCAUUAUGUAGUAAAAAAAAAUGUGACGCUUACAGCUCACAGCAUGUAGCUGGCUAGCAACAGAAAAGCAUGUGUGAACUCCAAAGCAAUGUUAUAAACACAAUUAGCAUUAUUAGAUAAUGGCAUACACAUGUUAGAUGUCUUUAAAUAUAAAGUACAGACGUUUAGAUUAGAAAUUAGUCGUUCUGGACUCUAUUGGUGGUAAAUGUUGGAGGGUGGUAAAUGUCCAACACAUGGUUUAUUCUAACAGAGACACAAGGUACACAAGGUAAACAUGCUUGCGUUCUGGAGGUGGUUCAUGAGGCAUCUGCCGAACACAGGUGAACAAACAGUUUAUAUUGGAAGUGGGAGGAAUGGUAAAUAAGCCGCGCCCACAUGUUCUCAUUUACCCAGGUAAACCUUGAGUCUGUCUUGGUUUUAGCGGAAAUUACAUAGUGGCCCUGUUUGUAGUCUUUAACGUGUCUACAAAAUCAUAAAACCGUAUGGUGUUGUCUAUUAUGUGGAGAAGAAACCAUUCAUAACUGUUGCUAGCUUGAAACAUGUCAUCAGAAGUAGCAUAGAAAUAAUUUACAUCAUUCCGCCCCUUUAAGGCUGAAAGACUCGCAUGACAAUGUAAACAAAAUGCACAUAAACUGCUAAAGGAUAGCAAAUGUCAAUGACAGAACUUCAUGAACAAAAAUGCAAGGCAUUUGGUGGUAUCCUGGUAGCUGGAUCAAUGAAACCAACUGAAAACGAAGCCGAUAUGGAAGUUAAACUGAUUAUGAGUAUAUGGUAUAGUAUAAUGGCAUUCGAAAUUCUGUUUUCAGAUUAUUGAAGUGUCUUGAUAUAUAAAACCUUUGAACGAAGGUUAACAAUAAACAAUUGACCAAGUUGCGAAGGCUGAAAGUAGUGUCAGAGAAUGUCUUAAAAGUAUAAAAUAUUAAAUCUGAAAUUAAGCACGCGAUUCCAAGCUAUUCUGAACAUUUAAACAUCGUCUCUAGGUGAAAAAUUUAGGAAGGAGAUAGGUUCCAAAGUUUGAGAAGAAGAAAGAAAGAGAAUAAAACUUGAGAACAAUAGUUCAGCACUGCAUGCAGCACUCUCACCUAAAUAUUUAUAUUAUCCACAUAGACAUUUAUUCGAAUAUGAGUCGCAUUUACAUUACAUUUUACAUUUACAUGUAAAUGUCGCAUCCUGAUGUUACGUCUUCCAGAUAGCUGUCAGGCGACCCGUUUUAAAAUGGUAGCUGGAUGUUUAUUUGACUAUGUAUAAUAGUACAUAAUGUUCACAAUAUCUAGCCAUACUUAUUCAACAAACAAAUACAUCGGAAAUGGUUGAUUAUGGGUCUCUUCCAGACGCUGAUGCUGUCAGAAAAAAGGUUUGCCCAAACGGGCCUGUUAUGUAUUGAUCAUCUUAGUUUGUCACUUUUAAGAUACCGUCCCGCCCUCUGAUGUUACGUGUUUCUGUCAUUGUUAUUCGGAUUCUGGGGUUGUAACUAAACAAGUUAAAGUCAACUAUAAGGGUCGUCUCUUCAUUAAUACUAAUAUUAUAGUAAUAUUGUAUUCCAAAUUAAUUAAUUAAUGGAAUCAGGUUGGAGAUGUGGUAAUACUUUCCCACGUUGUGUUCGUUAUUUUUGGUAGUUUCUCUCGUACAACGUGAGGUCAUGGCUUACUUUUGGUUCAGAGAAGACAUAGCUACUGCUGCGGUGGAAUGGAGAUGUAUGAUAAUAAUAGUAACAGGGUAGUAAGGCAAACAAAACAACAAAAAGGAGAGGGAGAGCGAAAGAGUGAGCAGUGAGCACUGAACAAUGCGCAAUGAGAGUGCAAACACUGAGGUUGAAAUAUUUUGCACUUGCUAACAAGAUCGCAGGAGAUGUUAUGGUGCCAACAUUCCUUACUGUUACAGCAUUUGCUGAAAUUCUUCCGCCUGACUGUACCUUCAUUAACACCCCCUGGAUUACUGGGAAAGGUGGAGGGCUGGCGUCAGUUUUUAAAUCCAACUUCCGCUGCCGCCAAACUCCGUCAAACAGCUUCUCUAGCUUUGAACUGCAACUCUUCGAGAUACAUGUUCAACCUCCUGUUCUAUGUGCUGUGAUCUACCGUCCUCCGAAGUUUAAUAAGGAUUUUAUCCAGGAUUUUUAGGACUUUGUGGCGGGAAUUGUCUUGAACACAGAUCGCUUAUUAAUCAUAGGCGAUUUUAAUAUCCAUGUGUGUUGCGACUCCCGGCCCUUAUUUAAAGACUUCUUGAAUCACAUUGACUCUUUUAACCUCACACAGUUCGUUACUGCCCCGACGCAUGAAAAGGCACAUACACUAGACCUUGUUCUGUCCCAUGGCUUAAAUGUGUGUAUUAGUGAAAUUUGUGAUGUGCCGAUUUCAGACCAUUUACCGGUGAUGUUCACUCUGACUCUGCCUGGCUCUCAGGCUUCAACGCCAACCCCGGCGCGCCGCCUGCGCGCGCUGAAUCCGUUGACCGUGUCACAGUUUUCCGUCGCUUUUAUUGACUCUAUGCCUCCCACAAGUGACUUAGAAAAUACAUCUGCGGAGGAGAUACUCAGUUCUUUUAAUUCUACCUGCUCUAAUAUUCUGGACUUGAUUGCACCUUUUAAAGAUAGACGCCCCAAACCUAUCACUGAGCCGUGGCUCAAUGAUUACACUCGUACUCUUAGAUGCACAUGUAGGCGUGCCGAGAGAAAAUGGAAGAGGGACAAACUCUAUGUCUCCCUUGGGAUUUUAAGAGACAGUUUAGCAAAAUACCAGAAAGCCGUUAAAUCUGCGAAAACCCAAUUCAUAUCCAACCUUGUGUCCAAAAACAGCCAUAGGCCCCAGGUUAUUUUUGUCACUCUAAAAAUCUCAUUAAUCCCUGCAACUCUCCUGCUGUUGUGCCAUCACUCCCUUUAUGUGAACAAUUUCUUGCGUUCUUUAUCGAUAAAAUCUCUGCAAUCAAGUCUUCACCUCCUCUGUCCACCGUAGAUCCAGCGGCAUCUCCUGUAUGCCCUACUGUCUUCGAGCAGUUCUACCCACUGUCGCUCUCUGAGCUAUCGCAGGUGGUUACAAAAUUGAGACCUUCACAAUAUCCGCUAGACAGUAUUCCUUCCAGAUUACUGAAAGACGUGUCUAACACUGUUGGCCCAUACAUUUUAACGUUAAUAAACACCUGCCUUGCCUCAGGCUGUUUUCCAUCUGUUUUUAAACAUGCUAUAGUCCAGCCCAUUAUCAAAAAACACAACCUCGACCCCUCUGUUCUCUCCAGCUUUAGGCCUAUCUCUAAGCUUCCCUUCCUCUCUAAAGUGUUAGAGAAAGUGGUUUUAGAACAACUGCAGCUACACCUGGAUCUUAAUGACAUAACAGAAAAGUUUCAGUCUGGUUUUAAAUCACGCCACAGCACAGAAACUGCACUUUUAAAAAUCUUUAAUGAUCUUCUUUUAACUGUUGACUCGGGGAGCUCUGCUGCGCUCGUGCUUUUAGACUUGACUGCUGCCUUUGACACAGUCGACCACCAGAUUAUUUUAUCCCGCCUGGAACUCUGUGUUGGUAUUACUGGAAAUGUCCUAAAAUGGUUCAAGUCAUAUCUGUCAAAGAUAACCUUCUCUGUUCAUCUAGGCCAGUACUCCUCAGCUGCAGCCCCACUAGUCUGUGGGGUCCCCCAAGGCUCUAUUUUAUCUCCAAUUCUUUUUGCGCUAUAUCUGCUUCCCCUAGGUUCCAUUUUUAAAAAACACAACAUUUCGUUCCACUGCAUCGCAGAUGACCUAAAAGUUUACCUGCCGUUAAAAUCAAACAAAGACUCCACAAAUGCAUUGUCAAACUGUCUGAAAGAUGUGAAAACCUGGUUGGAACUUAACUUCCUAUCACUAAACAAUAAUAAAACCGAAAUAAUUGUUUUUGGCAAAUCCGAACUGCUGGAUGGCAUCGACAGUGUUCUUGGUCCCCUUGCCUCCUACAGCCGCCCUUCUGUCAGAAACCUCAGAGUUAUUUUCGACAAUGGUUUUAAAUUUAACAAGCAAAUAAGCUCAGUCGUGAAGACAAGCUUCUUCCAGCUGCGACUCCUAGCGAAAGUAAAGCCGUAUCUCCCACCAAAGGACUUUGAAAGAGUCAUUCACCUGUUCAUAAUGUCCCGUCUAGACUACUGUAAUUCUCUAUACUUUGGUGUGGACCAAUGUCUGCUCCGUCACCUGCAACUGGUCCAAAAUGCUGCUGCACGUCUCCUCACUGGGAAAAGGCGAUAUGACCACAUUACCCCUGUCCUGGCCUCUCUUCACUGGCUUCCUGUGGUUUUUAGAAUUAAAUUCAAAAUCCUGUUGUUUACUUUUAAAUCUCUACAUGGCUUGGCACCUAAAUAUAUGUCAGAGCUGGUCUGCAUCCAUGCUCCAUCUAGAGAAAUUCGGUCAGCUCAGCAGGUGCUGCUGGAUGUACCUAGGUGCAGAUAAAAGACAAAAGGCGACAGAGCCUUCGCUGUGGCCGCUCCUAAUCUUUGGAACAGUCUCCCCCUGAGUCUGAGAACUGCCCAGUCUAUAGACCAGUUCAAAACGCAACUAAAGACUCACUUUUUUACAUUGGCGUUUAACACAGAUUAAGAUUUAAUUUUAUCUUAUUCAUUGUUGUUGCUAAUAUGCAAUAUUAAGCAUUCUUGUUCUAUGUUUUGUUUUUUAUAUUGUAUUUGUGUACAGCACUUUGGUCAACUACUGUUGUUUUAAAAUGUGCUAUAUAAAUAAACUUGACUUGACUUGACUUGACUACUGUUAUGGGAGGAAAAACAUUGAACCCACUGCGCAGUCUAGUACAAUCUGAUAAGCCAGGGAACUAGUUAUAUAUGCAGUGGGGAGAACAAGUAUUUGGUACACUGCCGAUUUUGCAGGUUUUCCCGCUUACAAAGCAUGUAGAGGUCUGUCAUUUUUAUCAUAGGUACUCUUCAACUCUGACGGAAUCUAAAACAAAAAUCCAGAAAAUCACAUGGUAUGAUUUUUAAGUAAUUAAUUUGCAUUUUAUUGCAUGACAUAAUUAUUUGAUACAUCAGAAAAGCAGAACUUAAUAUUUGGUACAGAAACCUUUGUUUGCAAUUACAGAGAUCAUAUGUUUCCUGUAGUUCUUGACCAGGUUUGCACACUGCAGCAGGGAUUUUGGCCCACUCCUCCAUGCAGACCUUUUCCAGAUCCUUCAGGUUUCGGGGCUCUCGCUGGGCGAAUACGGACUUUCAGCUCCCUCCAAAGAUGUUCUAUUGGUUUCAGGUCUGGAGACUGGCUAGGCCACUCCAGGGGUCUCAUUUAUAACCGUUGCGUACGCACAAAACGGGGCUGAAAUUGGCGUGCGUGACUUUCCACGCCAAGGUUGUGAUCUAUAAAAAACCAACUUGACGGGAGAAUGUGUGCAGCCCUAAGCAAACUCUGACCCAUGCGUACGCAUGGUUUGGAGGAAAAGGAGAAUUGGCGACACAGAUGGUGUGGUGGUGAACUGAAGUCAGACGGAAGAAUUGUAGAGUGAGAAGAACGAUUAUGUUUUAUCAUCGCCCUUCAUAAAUUUAAUUUCAACCCGUAUCAUGCGUUAAAUCGAUGUAAUCUGAAUAAUUUAAGUCAACUGCGUUAUAUCUCAGUUAUAACUCCAGAAAGAUCUCCAGAAAGAUCUCCUUAGAAUAUAAAUUAAAAUAAAUUCUCUAUAUUUAAUCCCGUCACUGUCCACUGACGGCGCGACUGCAUGGAAUAAAGCAUCUGUCCAACAUGUGUCAAUAACAUAAUAUUUUUAUGUGACACUGUAAACGCAUAAUCAAAUGUCAAUUAUAUCCCAAGUGUGGAAAACCAAGCCACACUCCUCAUCACAAUCGUUGUCCGUAACUCUUGACACUUUUCAUGACAAGUCAGGCAUUAAAAAGGGGUUAUGUUCAGGAACAUUUUACGUGGGAGAUUACAAACUGAUUAUCCAAGGUGUUCUCGGUCAGUUUUGUUACCGUAACCCUAUAUAUACAGAGGUGAGCGCCGUGGUAAUGCUGCACCAUAUGGCACUUCUGGCGGACCAUGCAAAUGGCAGGAUUCGGAGGGAGAGGGUCUUUAGGGACCAUAACGAUUUAUUGGUACAUAAAAAUAUGUACCUUUAUUCUGGGACUGUGCGCUCCGUGCUACUGACAGAAUUCACUGCUGCAGCAACAUGUUGCCACUCACUCUGCUUUUUGUUGUUGGCGAUCCCAAUCCCGUGACCGCCGAACAAAACUACUUUUCGGGCCUCCAUCCCACCAACAAGUGUCUCCACUUGUGGGUGACAAUUCGUGAAAUUGUCCUCCGUUGAAUUUCGCUUUUUUGCUUUUCUCAGUACUUCUGCCAUUGUUUCCGACAAGACAUAAUACUUGCAUCUCAGACUGUUUUAUAUGUAGAUCGAAUUCAUGAGGUCAUUUGCAUUAAAUAAAAAGGGGCGUGUACAGGGCGGAACGUGAAGCUGAUUCAGCUGCUUACACUUGUAGGCAGUCUGUGAUUUAUAAAGAAAAGAUUGCGUACGGUGUGCGUACGCAGGGUUUUAUAAAUCUGAAUAUUUUUUGGCGCACGCAAAACUUGGCUUUUGGGCGUACGUAUACUUUUAGUAACGAUCCCACGCACAGUUUUAUAAAUGAGACCUCUGGACCUCGAGAUGCUUCUUACGGAACCACUCCUUAGUUGCCCUGGCUGUGUGUUUGUUGUCAUGCUGGAAGACCCAACCAAGACCCAUCUUCAAUGCUCUUACUGAGGGGUUGUUGGCCAAGAUCUUGCGAUACAUGGCCCCAUCCAUCCUCCCCUCAAUACGGUGCAGUCGUCCUGUCCCCUUUGCAGAAAAGCAUCCCCAAAGAAUGAUGUUUCCACCUCCAUGCUUCACGGUUGGGAUGGUGUUCUUAGGGUUGUACUCAUCCUUCUUCUUUCUCCAAGCACGGCGAGUGGAGUAUAGACCAAAAAGCUCUAUUUUUGUCUCAUCAGAUCACAUGACCUU